AUGAAAGACAGCAAAGACACGCCUCCUCCACCAGAAACCAACUGCCCAAAGACACGCCUCCUCCACCAGAAACCAACUGCCCAAAGACACGCCUCCUCCACCAGAAACCAACUGCCCAAAGACACGCCUCCUCCACCAGAAACCAACUGCCCAAAGACACGCCUCCUCCACCAGAAACCAACUGCCCAAAGACACGCCUCCUCCACCAGAAACCAACUGCCCAAAGACACGCCUCCUCCACCAGAAACCAACUGCCCAAAGACACGCCUCCUCCACCAGAAACCAACUGCCCAAAGACACGCCUCCUCCACCAGAAACCAACUGCCCAAAGACACGCCUCCUCCACCAGAAACCAACUGCCCAAAGACACGCCUCCUCCACCAGAAACCAUCUACCCAAAGACACGCCUCCUCCACCAGAAACCAUCUACCCAAAGACACGCCUCCUCCACCAGAAACCAUCUACCCAAAGACACGCCUCCUCCACCAGAAACCAUCUACCCAAAGACACGCCUCCUGUACAGGAACCAACUGCCCAAAGACACGCCUCCUCCACCAGAAACAAACUUCCCAAAGACAUGCCUCCUCCACCAGAAACCAACUGCCCAAAGACACGCCUCCUGUACAGGAACCAACUGCCCAAAGACACGCCUCCUCCACCAGAAACCAACUGCCCAAAGACACGCCUCCCCCACCAGAAACCAACUGCCCAAAGACACGCCUCCUGUACAGGAACCAACUGCCCAAAAACACGCCUCCUCCACCAGAAACCAUCUACCCAAAAUAUACGCCUCCUUUACAGAAACCAACUGCCCAAAGACACGCCUCCUCCACAGGAACCAACUGCCCAAAGACACGCCUCCUCCACCAGAAACCAUCUACCCAAAGACACGCCUCCUCCACCAGAAACCAUCUACCCAAAGACACGCCUCCUCCACCAGAAACCAUCUACCCAAAGACACGCCUCCUCCACCAGAAACCAUGUACCCAAAGUCACGCCUCCUCCACCAGAAACCAUGUACCCAAAGACACGCCUCCUCCACCAGAAACCAACUGCCCAAAAACACGCCUCCUCCACCAGAAACCAACUGCCCAAAAACACGCCUCCUCCACCAGAAACCAACUGCCCAAAAACACGCCUCCUCCACCAGAAACCAUCUGCCCAAAGACACGCCUCCUCCACCAGAAACCAACUGCCCAAAGACACGCCUCCUCCACCAGAAACCAACUGCCCAAAAACACGCCUCCUCCACCAGAAACCAUCUACCCAAAAUAUACGCCUCCUCCACCAGAAACCAUCUACCCAAAGACACGCCUCCUCCACCAGAAACCAUCUACCCAAAAUAUACGCCUCCUUUACAGAAACCAUCUACCCAAAGACACGCCUCCUCCACCAGAAACCAUCUACCCAAAGACACACCUCCUCCACCAGAAACCAUCUACCCAAAGACACGCCUCCUCCACCAGAAACCAACUGCCCAAAAACACGCCUCCUCCACCAGAAACCAUCUACCCAAAAUAUACGCCUCCUCCACCAGAAACCAUCUACCCAAAGACACGCCUCCUCCACCAGAAACCAUCUACCCAAAAUAUACGCCUCCUUUACAGAAACCAUCUACCCAAAGACACGCCUCCUCCACCAGAAACCAUCUACCCAAAGACACGCCUCCUCCACCAGAAACCAACUGCCCAAAGACACACCUCCUCCACCAGAAACCAUCUACCCAAAGACACGCCUCCUCCACCAGAAACCAUCUACCCAAAGACAUGCCUCCUGUACAGGAACCAACUGCCCAAAGACACACCUCUACUCCACAGUCUGAAACAAGUGAACUUCAGUUUCUUCACCUCUGUAUUUUUCAAUCAAAACCAAAAUGUUUACAAAAACCUUUCACCAAAAGUGAGCAGCGUCUGUACAUAA